AUGGCUCUGACUGUAUGUGUGCGGCGACUGACAGGACUGCCAGGCACUCAUGACCGACAAGUGAGGCUUAGCUUUCGAGGUUUUACCCAGAAAACAAGGAGAAUUCACUGUGGUCCAGAAGCAGACAUCGGUGAGCUGUUCCGUUGGCCACACUAUGGGGCUCCACUGGCUGGGGAGUGUCUGUCUAUACAGGUGGUCAACUGUAGCCAUGUGUUCAGCCCCAGGUCUCUGGGGACCCUGGUGAUCUCCCUGCAGCAGCUACAGAGUGCUGGGCAUUUGGUGCUGCGGGAGGCCCUAGUGGAUAAGAAUCUGCGAGUGUCCCGGAUCCAGGUGGAGCUUGACCUGAAGUACCAGCCCCCAGAGGGCACAGCUGGAGCCUGGGCAGAAGAGGACUUUGGAGCACCCAUCCGGGACAGCUCAGAGCUGAUCAUUCCCAAUGUGGGCUUCCAAGAGCUGGAGCCUGGGGAGGCCCGGCUGGAGCGGCGGGCAGUGGCUUUGGGCCGCAGGCUAGCUCGAGGCCUAGGUCAGCAAGAUGAUGAGGACAAUGAACUGGACCUGGAGCUGGAGCUGGAGGAUGAGCCUGAUGUGGAGCUUUCUGGCGUCGUGUUCAGCCCCCUUAAGAGCCGAGCUCGGGGCCUGGCCUGUGGGGAUCCCUUCCAGAUAUCCAGAGUGCAGGACUUCCAGGUGGGGGUCACGGUGCUUGAGGCCCAGAAGCUGGUGGGAGUCAACAUUAACCCCUAUGUGGCUGUGCGUGUUGGGGAGCAACAUCGAGUGACCGCCACACAGCGUGGGACCAACUGUCCCUUCUACAAUGAGUACUUCUUGUUUGAAUUUCAUGAGACCCGGCUUCGCCUCCAAGACUUGCUGCUGGAGAUCACGGCUUUCCAUUCGCAGACGCUUCCCUUUAUGGCCACCCAGAUAGGCACCUUCAGGAUGGACCUGGGCAUUAUCUUCGACCAGCCAGAUGGCCACUUCUACCAGAAAUGGGCUCCGCUGCACGACCCCCGGGACACCCGCGCGGGGACCAAAGGUUUCGUCAAGGUCACUUUGUCUGUGAGGGCGCGAGGAGACCUGCCCGCUCCGCUGCCACCCGCUGGCCCAGGACACAGUUCAGACAUUGAGAAGAACCUGCUGCUGCCGCGCCGAGUGCCGGCGGAGAGGCCGUGGGCGCGGCUGCGCGUGCGCGUGUACCGCGCCGAGGGGCUUCCGGCGCUGCGCCCGGGGCUGCUGGGCAGCCUGGCCCGCGCCCUGCAAGACCAGCGCGUCCUCGUGGACCCUUAUGUGCGAGUGUCUUUCCUGGGGCAGCAGGGCGAGACUUCUGUGCGCGGCGAGGCGGCGGCGCCUGAGUGGAACGAACAGCUGAGCUUCGUGGAGCUCUUCCCGCCGCUGACGCGCAGCCUUCGUCUGCAACUGCGAGACGACGCGCCCCUGGUCGAUGUGGCCCUAGCCACGCACGUGCUGGACCUGAGGCAGAUCUCGCAUCCCGGCCGCGCAGCGGGGUUUAACCCCACCUUCGGCCCGACCUGGGUAUCUCUCUAUGGCUCGCCCCCCAGCGGCGGACUCCGGGAUAGUCUUCAAAAUCUCAAUGAAGGCCUUGGCCACGGCAUUUGGUUUCGCGGCCGCCUGCUGAUCGCUGUAUCCAUGGAAGUGUUGGAAGGGAGAGCUGAAACUAAGCCUCCCCAGGUCCCACAGGGGUCCAGGUUAUCCCGGCUCAUGAGAAAAAAGAAGAAAGCAAAGCGAGGCCAGACUCCAGUGGGGAUUCAGCAGCACCUGGAUGCCAGCUCCAGUGCUGAUGCACCUGAGAUUCCUAGUGCGAUGGAGGUGGAGGUGGAGGAGUUGCUGCCGCUGCCAGAGAACGCCCUGGCACCCUGCGAAGAUUUCCUGCUCUUCGCCGUGCUCUUCGAGGCCACCAUGAUUGACCCCAUCAUGGCCUCCCAGCCUAUCAGCUUCGAGAUCUCCAUUGGUCGUGCAGGUCGCCAGGAAGAACAGUUAAGCCGAGGGUCCAGGCCUGGGGAGGGAGCAGAGAGUGUGGCAGGGGAGGCAGAGCCUCUUCUGGAGUUGGACCAGGGAGCAGGGCCAGUGGAGGAGGAAGAGCUGGGGACCCCUGCACAGCGGCCUGAGCCCAUGGAUGGCAGUGGGCCAUAUUUCUGCUUGCCCCUGCGUCACCGCAAGCCCUGUGUGCGUGUAUGGAGCCGCUGGGAAGAUCACUCAUGGCGCCUGCAAAGCAGUAACUGUGUGCGGAAAGUGGCCGAGAGGCUGGACCAAGGGCUACAGGAGGUUGAGAGUCUGCAGCGCAGGCCGGGGUCUGGAGCCUGCAUGCGGUUGAGGCACACGCUGGAAGAGCUGGUGGCUGGGAGCAGACAGUUUUGCCAGGGUGCCGAGCGCAGGACGAUGACCCGGCCCAACGCCCUGGAUCGAUGCCGAGGGAAACUGCUGGUGCAUAGCCUGAACAUAUUGGCAAAGCAAGGACUGCAGCUCCUACAGGGUCUGAGACAGAGCAACAUGCAAGAGAAGGUGGCACUGGCCAAGAAGCUUCUGGCAAAACUGCGCUUCCUGGCCCAGGAGCCCCAGCCUCCUCUCCCAGAUGUGCUGGUCUGGAUGCUCAGUGGGCGGCGCCGUGUGGCCUGGGCCCGGAUCCCUGCCCAGGAUGUGCUCUUCUCUGUGGUGGAGGAGGAACGGGGCCGGGACUGCGGGAAGAUCCAGAGUCUGCUGCUCACAGCACCUGGGGCAGCCCCUGGUGAGGUCUGUGCCAAGCUGGAGCUCUUCCUGUGGCUGGGGCUGGGCAAGCAAGCCAAGGCCUGCACCUCCGAGCUCCCCCUGGACCUGCUGCCUGAGCCCUCAGCUGGGCUGCCCUGCAGCCUGUACCGGGAUGACUUCAGCUAUUUCCAGCUCCGGGCUCACUUGUACCAGGCCCGAGGUGUGUUGGCAGCAGAUGACAGUGGGCUCUCGGACCCCUUUGCUCGAGUCGUCAUCUCUACGCAGUGCCAGACCACACGGGUCCUGGAGCAGACGCUGAGCCCCCUGUGGGAUGAGCUCUUGGUGUUUGAUCAGUUGAUCGUGGAUGGGAGGCGGGAGCACCUGCAGGAGGAGCCUCCGCUAGUGGUUGUCAGUGUCUUUGACCACAAUAAGUUUGGACCCCCUGUGUUCCUGGGAAGGGCGCUGGCUGCCCCAAGGGUAAAGCUGAUGGAGGACCCCUACCAAUGGCCUGAGCUGCAAUUCUUCCCCCUGAGGAAGGGGCCCCGGGCAGCUGGGGAACUCAUUGCCACCUUUGAACUCAUCGAACUGGACUACAGUAGCCGGCUUGAGCCCUCAGUGCCGAGUGAUGUGGAGCCCCAGGACCUGGCACCCCUGGUGGAGCCCCUCUCCGGACGCCUGUCCCUGCCUCCCCAUGUGCGCCCGGUGCUCAGGGAGUUCCGAGUUGAGGUUCUGUUCUGGGGUCUAAGGGGCCUUGGUCGUGUGCAUCUGUUCGAGGUGGAGCAGCCCCAGGUUGUACUGGAGGUGGCCGGUCAACGUGUGGAGUCUGAGGUCCUGGCCAGUUACCGUGAGAAGCCCAAUUUCACUGAGCUUGUCAGGCAUCUGACCGUGGACCUGCCAGAGCAGCCUUACCUGCAGCCCCCUCUCAGCAUCCUGGUGAUUGAGCGCCGGGCCUUUGGCCGCACAGUGCUUGUGGGUUCCCACAUUGUCUCCCACAUGCUGAGAUUCACACUCCGGGGUCAUGAGGAGCCCCCUGAGGAGGAAGGAGAGGAGGAUACAGAGGACCUGGUGCCCAAGGGACCUCAAGGGCAGAGGUCCCCAGAUCCCUUCCUGGCUGAAGGGGGGAUACCAAGACGGCUCCUGAAGGCUCCUCUGAAGAAGCUCGCUCUGGGAGGCCUCUUGAAUCAAGGCCCAGGGCUGGAGGAGGACAUCCCAGAUCCCGAAGAGCUUGACUGGUGGUCCAAGUACUAUGCAUCGCUCCAGGAGCUCCAGGGGCAGACCAACUUUGAUGAGGAUGAAAUGGAUGAUCCAGGGGAUUCAGAUGGGGUUAACCUCAUAUCUGUGGAUGGGGAAGCCCAAGACCAGGGGGAGGCUGAAAUCAAAGGCCCCGUGUUCCAGAAAAAAGCAAUUGCCACUCUGAAGAUUUACAACCACUCCCUAGAGGAAGAGUUUAACCACUUUGAAGACUGGCUGAAUGUGUUUCCCCUGUACCGAGGGCAAAGGGGUCAGGAUGGAGAUGGAGCGGAAGAAGGGUCUGGAAACCUUGUGGGCAAGUUCAAGGGCUCCCUCCUCAUUUACCCUGAAGCAGAGGCCAUGUCCUUCUCUGAGCCCCAGAUCUCCCGGGGGAUCCCACAGAACCGGCCCAUCAAGCUCCUGGUCAGAGUGUAUGUUGUAAAGGCUACCAACCUGGCUCCGGCGGAUCCCAACGGCAAAGCAGACCCCUACGUGGUGGUGAGCGCUGGCCGGGAGCGGCUGGACACCAAGGAGCGCUACAUCCCUAAGCAACUGAACCCCAUCUUUGGAGAGGUCCUGGAGCUCAGCAUCUCUCUCCCUGCUGAGCCAGAGCUGACUGUGGCUGUGUUUGAUCAUGACCUUGUGGGUUCUGAUGACCUCAUCGGAGAGACCCACAUUGAUCUGGAAAACCGAUUCUACAGCCACCACAGGGCAAACUGUGGGCUGGCGUCCCAGUAUGACAUGGAUGGGUACAAUGCCUGGCGUGAUGCAUUCCGGCCUUCACAGAUCCUGGCAGGGCUGUGCCAGCGCUGUGGCCUCCCUGCUCCUGAAUACCGAGCUGGAGCUGUCAAGGUGGGCAGCAAAGUCUUUCUGACACCGCCAGAGACUCUGCCCCCAGGUGGAGGGAGCUCCAAAGUGGCAAGUGAGGUCCCUGAGGAGGCCCAGGCAUUGCUGGUGCUGCGGCGUUGGCAGGAGAUGCCGAGGCUUGGGAUCCAGCUGGUACCUGAGCAUGUAGAAACACGGCCCCUCUACCAUCCCCGAAGUCCAGGGCUGCUGCAGGGAUCCCUUCACAUGUGGAUUGACAUCUUCCCACGAGAUGUGCCUGCCCCACCCCCAGUGGAUAUCAAGCCUCGGCAGCCAAUCAGCUGUGAGCUCAGAGUCAUCAUCUGGAACACGGAGGAUGUAGUUCUGGAUGACGUGAACCCGCUCACUGGAGAGAUGUCAAGCGACAUAUAUGUGAAAAGCUGGAUGAAGGGGCUGGAGCCUGACAAGCAGGAGACGGACGUUCACUUCAACUCUCUGACUGGGGAGGGGAACUUCAACUGGCGCUUCGUGUUCCGUUUCGACUACCUGCCCACGGAGCGUGAGGUGAGCGUCUGGCGCCGCCCUGGACCCUUCGCCCUGGAGGAAGCUGAGUUCCGGCAGCCCGCUGUGCUGGUCCUGCAGGUCUGGGACUAUGACCGCAUCUCCGCCAACGACUUCCUCGGGUCCCUGGAGCUGCAGCUACCAGACAUGGUGCGAGGGGCGCGGGGCCCUGAGCUCUGCUCCGUGCGGCUGGCCCGGGAAGGGGCUGGGCCAAGGUGUAAUCUGUUUCGCUGUCGCCGCUUGCGGGGCUGGUGGCCUGUGGUGAAGCUGCGAGAGCCAGAGGACGAGGAGCGGGAGCAGCGGGAGGCUCAAGCUGGCAAGAAGAGGAAGAAGAGGAGGAGGGGCCGGCCAGAAGACUUGGAGUUCAAGGAUGCAGGAGGCAACGUCUACAUCCUCACAGGGAAAGUAGAGGCAGAGUUUGAGCUGCUGACUGUGGAGGAGGCUGAGAAACGGCCAGUGGGGAAGGGACGCAAGGAGCCGGAGCCCUUGGAGAAGCCCAACCGCCCCAAAACCUCCUUCAACUGGUUUGUGAACCCGUUGAAGACCUUUGUCUUCUUCAUCUGGCGCCGGUACUGGCGCAUCCUGCUGUUGCUGCUGCUGCUGGCGCUCAUCACCAUCUUCCUCCUCCUCGUCUUCUACACCAUGCCCGGCCAGAUCAGCCGGGUCAUCUUCCACCCUCUCCACGGACCCUGACUGACCCUGGACAUUCGUCCCACAAUGUCGACGCCUCAACUCCUGCUCCUGGCGUCCUUCCCACCAGUAGGAACCCUGCCAGAGUUCACCACUUUCUCCGAGUAACCCUUAUCAAGCAUCCACUCUGUCACCUGAACACAUGCUGUGGAGAAUAAAUAAUACUGGAGGCAGA